UCCUCAGAUGUGGAUGCAGCUGCAGAAGAUGCGCAGUGUAGGAUCUCAGAAAGAAGUCAGACUGAACAAAACUCAAGUGGGACUUUACUGCAGGAUGUCAUGAAUCGCUUUAGUGAGAAACUGGAGACAAUCACACCUCUAGACAAGGACCCAACUCUGGUUCCCACAGCCAUCUACGUUUCUGAAAAGGAGCAGCCAUUAUCUCCUUCAACAAGCCAGAACCUGCCUUUUCGUUCUGAUGCCCAUGUCACUGAGAUCAUCACCACAGUGCUUCGCACAAGCAGUCCAAGUGACUACAGCCUGAGUGAGCUGUUCAGUCGCCAUGACAAAGAACCCAAGUCACCUAUUACAAGAUCCCGUCAUCGUCAGAAAGUUCUUGCCACUAUUGCAACACCUGUUGAUGAUGCUGCAACUAGAAGGCUUGGCAUAAAAAUUAAACGGGACCUUGCCACAUUAUCACCAGCAAAGAAGACAAGACUGAAAGAUAAAAAUUUAUUUACAUCAGACACCUCAUCAAACCCAAAUGUAAUUAAAGAGCUAUCUAAAACAGAAACUGAAGUAGGUGUAGAACAUGUUGGGCAUCAUCAACUAGGGGAGGGUAUAGUGAAUAUGCCUUCUGAAAAAAGUGAUAGGGAUGAAGUAAAAGCGCUACAGACAGUUAUUAUAACAGAUAAUGUUCAAAUAAUUAAAGCAGAAGAUAGAGAACAGGAAGUAUUCAGUGAGGAAACAGAGCUUACUCUCUCGGGUACUCAAAUACACACCCUCGAGCUGCAGAGUAAGUAUGGCAAACAAAGCUCAAUAGACAGUUUACAAAAACAGGUGACUACAGUGACUGCGAGCUCAGCAAAACAGUGUGGAGGGCCCUGCAGAGAGGGUGAUGAGAGUUGCAUUUCUGCAAAUGAUAAAAGCCAUGAAGAAUCCCCAUCAACUGAAAGUUCUGACACUAAAAGCAGACCAGGUAAGGGUAAAGAUUCUCAUUGUCCCAUUAAAGAGAAACGGACCAAUCCAAGGGGGCCAGAAGCAGACCACUUCAAGGGUUCAAGAAGAUUAAGGAGAAAUAUAGUCCCUCCACCACGGUUCUCCUCCUAUGUCACAGAACCCAGACUGUUCUUUGCUGCGUGUUUUUCUAAACACAACUCCAAUCAUAAAGCACAAAAGGACAAGGCUUUGACAUCUAGCACCAAACAUGCAUCAUCCAAAGAUCCAGAUGCUAAGGAUGCCAACAUAGAAUCAAGAAAUGAAAUUUGUCCAUCCUCGUGUGCAGACACAGGGAGGCUUGCCUUUCAGUCGGCACAGAAAGGACGUGAACUGUCUCACACGGAAGUGAAAUGUCAAAGCCAGGUCUCUCCACAGAUGGUGACUGCCAAAGACAAAAGUCCUAAAAAACAUUCCUCAGGCAAUAGGAACAAUGGCAGCGACAGUGCUGCCCCUCUUUUAGGAAGGUUACGAUCAUCAUCAUCAUCAUCAUCAAAAAGAUUACAGGACUCAUCAAAAUUUGAUGUCCCCAUAAAGUCUGAUACCUGUGUCGAGAGUCCUAAAAACUCCCAAGUUCAGUACACUAGUCCAAUUAAGCUUAUGUUUGUAUCACCAGUUAAGGAUAAGGAAGGAGUUAAAUAUAGUCUCAAAUCAGCAGGCUCUGGUUCUGGCUCUCAAACAGAACAAUUUGAUCCCUGUGAAGAGUCCUCAUGGUCAGGGACACCUCAGAAGCACACAAGCCAGAGCAGCAAGGCUGCAACAUCGCAAGUAAAACCAGUUGUUUCACCACUAAAAUCGUCUACCUCACACACAAAAUCUUCUUGUUCCCCAAGUAAGUCAUCUCCUUCACCAACCAAGUCUGGUUCCUCAACACGCAAGUCUGCUUCUUCACCUGCCAAAUCCGGUUCAUCACCACCCAAGUCUGCUUCUGCCUCUUCACCAUCCAAAUGUGGUUCCUCAACACCCAAGUCUGCUUCUGCCUCUUCACCAUCCAAAUGUGGUUCCUCAACACCCAAGUCUGCUUCUGCCUCUUCACCAGCCAAAUCUGGUUCCUCCACACCCAAGUCUGCUUCUGCCUCUUCACCAGCCAAAUCUGGUUCCUCCACACCCAAGUCUGCUUCUGCCUCUUCACCGGACAAAUCUGGUUCCUCAACACCCAAGUCUGCUUCUUCACCAGCCAAAACUGGUUCUUUAGCAACCAAGUCUGCUUCCUCACCAGCCAAGUCCCCUUAUUCACCAUCAAAGUCUGGUUCUUCAGCACGCAAAUCCCCGUAUUCACCAUCUAAGUCUAGCUCUUCACCAUCCAAGUCUGUUUCCUCAACACGCAAGUCCCCUUAUUCACCAUCCAAGUCUGCUUCUUCACCAUCUAGGUCUGUUUCCUCACCAGCCAAGUCUGGUUCCUCAGCACCCAAGUGUGCUUCGUCACCCACCAAAUCCGGUUCCUCUUCACCCAAGUUUGCUUCUUCACCACGCAAGUCUGCGUCUUUGCCCAGGUCACCUUCCUCAUCACCUAAAAAUGGUUCCAGAGGAUCAGAUGAAAGUACUCCAACUAAGCGUGUAGCUGGAGCUGACAGCCAGGUAUUACCAGGUAACUUACCUUGUUUCCAUGAAACCACUCCUCCAAAGAGGCGUCCUGGGCGUCCAAAGAAGCUGGGACCACAGAUGGAGCAAAAAGUGAAAAGACCAAUAGGCCGACCACGUAAGCAAAAGACUUUGGAUUCCGAAACUGGAGUAAAAACAGUAAAUGGAAAAUGUCAUUUGGCACCUAAAAUUGAGGAGAAUAUACACAAAAACCUCAAGAUAACAGUCGUGUAUGGUCGUUCAAGGAGAAACAAACGAAUGGUGUCUGAGGGCUUUGACCAGCUGCAGACAGAAUUUAAUGAUGCUUGGCAAGCUGUAAGUCUGUUGCACAACUCUAAGACCAGCUCAGGAAGUAUUAAAGCAGCCUCAGAGGAGCUGGAUAUUGUCAGCCCAGCAAAAAGGCCUGCUCCUCAAUCUGGCAGUAAUAUCAAAAGUCAGAAGCAGGAUGAUUCUCUUCCCUCAAGGAAACCAGGUAGACCUGCAAAAGUUAAAAUCUCGGGAAUCUCAGUCACAGUGACUACAGUGUCACCUCGUCAACGUAAAAUUCAAAUCAAUAAAGACUCUCGGCAGUCUUCUGAAACACAGGCUUCUAAGAAAGUACCUUUACAAGAAUUCAAAUCUGCCAAAGAGCCCUGGACAAUCAGUCAACAUUUAACAAGCAAAAGGGGUCAAAAAGAAGAAGAGAACGAAAUCGUGGCUGGUAGUAAAGACGAACUGUCAAAUCAGCCUGUGGUGCGACACUCCAAGAGAGUGAGAAAACCAUCGAUCCACUUUCUGCAUGCUGUUGCCACCUCCACAUCAUACAGCCGCAGCAAUGCUCUGGUACGGCGCUCCAAACAACUUCUUUUAAACAAGGCCAACAAUGAAAGGAGGCAGGAGGAGCAGCAAAGUAGCGUAGAAACUACAGGCGACAAAAGAAAGUCAUGUGGACCACGGAAGAAGAGCAUUUCUCCAGAUCUAAACAGAGUGGCAGGAGUAUCUGUAGAUUCAAUCUUUACCCCUAGAGAAACAUUAAGGUGGUGGGCAGCAUCAGCUGAGGAAAAGACAAUGAACCAGGAGCUCGCCAGGCGAAUACGAGUCAUCUCUGACACCUGGGUCUCAGACGCUGUGGAGAGUCAAGAAAAAGAAUAUCCCAUUGAUUCUAAACCAGACACUAAAGAUGACAGUUUAUUCACCAUGAAUUCAAACCAUUCUUCUGUGGUUCGAACACUGUUUGACUGUUUGCCCAACAAACCGAGGUCCUGUAGCAUGCAGCAGAUCUGCUCCUGGUUUAUGCAGACCACAGAGACACAAUCUUUGGCUAUUGUCAAGAAGGCAAGCUCUCGUAAUCAUUACGAACGUAUGCACUUCCCUCGUUCUGGUAAUAUAAAAAGUGUAUGCCACAGUCCUCAGGCAGAGCGACUCCGCAAACACAUCAAGAAGUUUGCCAAAAUGGUCCCAAAAACCCCUUUACAGCAUGAAAAGGCGCAAAGACAACUGAGGAAGAGAAACAAAGCAGCUCUGUCAACACACAGACGACAACUUUUCACUUUAAGUACUGCAAGAAAGCGCACUCAAGGAGGCCAGCUGUUGAGAGCCAAAGCAUUUAACAGAUAUCAGGCCAUUCUGGUUAGAGCAAGGAAACGUUUUCUGACUCAAGAAGAAAGGGAUUGGUGGCAAAAGACAGAUAGGGACAUGAAGAACAUGAAACCAGCAACUAGUUGUACAAAUGUACAUGUAGUAACUAGACUACAAUCUAAACGUAAAGUAUUACGCACAUUCACAAAAGAUCGGCUCUCUGCUCGUUUGGAAAACGGUUCUGCCACCUCUUCGGUUAGCCAAACUCGGGAGCCUGUGGAUGUACACAAAGAGCAGAAUCUCUGCUCUAAAGCUUGGGGUCCUGAAACGCUGAAGGAAUGCCGGGUGUUUCUGAGAAAGAUCAAUUCUCCAGAUAAUGAAUCGGCUGAGGAGGAGUCGGACUCUUGUACUGUGACACUGGAAGGGUCACCUUCUGCAUACCUCUUUGCAGGAAGGGACAGGCAAGUCGUUAAAGCUGUGAAAACUGAAAGACAAAGGACCAUUAAUAGGAGGACUGCCUCGAGAGAGUUGGUGGGUUCUGCACCAAAAUCAAUCCAGGAGCAGGAAACAAAGCCGGCAGGGAGGCAGAAAAGAAAAUUGAAAAGUUCCGGGGUUGUGUCUACUGAACCACCACAGCCACCACCAGCGAAAAUCUUGAGACAAUCAAGAAUGAAGGGCCUGACCGGGCCGAGAUGGUGCGACUUCGUGUUUGGAAGCUAACUGAAGCACGAGGCCUCCUCUUCCUGGGAAAGCGACUGUGGUUUAACGUGGUGCCUUUGGACUUUGUGCUGACCACAUAGACUGGCCAUCUCGCUAUGGUUCAGUCUUACACUCAGCAGUUAUGUAGCAGUCUAACUUAAAAGCUUGAUGUUGCACUAUUUUUAUCCAUGGAUAUGUAUGUACAUUUUCUUUUUUGUCAUCUUGCCUUUGGUGUAUAGUAGAUCAAUAUAAUGAUUACAUCAGAGUUUUAAUGGGAAGAGUGCUUAUACAGUGAACCCUGUCAGAGUGGUUGUAGAGAAAUGAAAGCUUGACUGUGUUCGGACAGUACCGUCUCCCUAAAAAUGUACUUUUACCAAUAUUAAGGCCAACACCUCUCUUAGAAAAUGUCAAUCUUAACCUGAAAUUUUAGCAAUUUUUAUCUAAGUCACAAUGCCAGCUCUAAAAUUCCCACUCAUUUUAUUUAUAGUGACUCUUACUUUGGCACUGUUUUUUAUGUUUAAUUGCUAAUUUAAUAAUUUGCUUUGUAUGUUAGGUUUGCUUAAAGUAUAUUGGAAUUCGAUUUUAAACUUUCUCCUAAUCCGAGCCUUUUUUUUUUCUCUCCACUGCUGUUGCAUACAAGUAGCCAAAACAGGCUUUUAAUGAAGGAAUCUUUUGGGUUAUUUAACACCCAAUCUUAACUCCAGCAGCUGUAUGUGAAAGGGCCACAGCUGUAACCUUACAGUAAAAAUACAGUAAUUGGCCACGAGCCUGUACUAAAACCAAAUAUUUUAUGUCAUUGGUUCUUUUUGAACAUUUUCAAUUCUCAGCACCAGACUGCGUCUACCGCAAUUGCGUUUGUAUAUUCCCCACUAAAUGCAGAGGUGUCUUUGAAGAGACAAAGAAAUGGCAUUAUGCAGUCAUAGAAAGUAGCUUCUGGUUAAUUUGUUGGUUUGUGGGAUCGGUCUUAUUUUUAUUCAGUGAUCUUUAUGUAAACAUACUGUUUUCACCCAAAGCAUAUACUGUAUGUCGCUGUCAGAUCUACUUCUUGCACUAUUCAGCCCCUUUCAGACAUGACAUGCGCAUUUCUGGCCUCAGUCUGUUAAAGUGACGGCAUCAGUCAGACGUAGGUCACUUUUACAUUGUUUCUCUUAGCUUCAAUUCAGACAGAGCAGUGACGAGAACCACAGUACAUCUAUGAUUUUUGCCGCAUGCUUAACACUUAUGUUCCUGCCCACCAUGGAUAGGACAAAAAUGGACACUAUCAUCAUUGGUUUACAAAUCCUCAAGCUGAGCAUUUGUAGCAUUGAGUGACUGAAACUGAGGGCACUGUAGCAUGCAGCAGAUCUGCUGCAUUAGCUCAUCAUUAGCUAAUUAUUCAUGAGCUUGUUGAUCACAAGUUUUUAGCUAGUGAGCACAUCAUGGAUUAUCCUCCCUACUCUCAGAAUGACUAGAAUUUAUAAAAUGGACUUAAUUUUUUUUAAUUGAACGUGGUGGUUGUUGGCAGUCUCUGGGUGAAAUUAGUCGCAGAGCAGUAUAGAGUGCUGCACUGAAAACCUUGUGAUUGCUUUGGUAGCUACCAGAUUACCACGCCAAUCUACUAGCAGCCAAAGCAAUCACAGGGAUGUUUUUGGUGCAGCACUCUAUACCUCUUUUCAUUCAGAGACUCACCCAGCAGCCACUCACCAACUAGUGAGUGGAUACACAUUUUUCCCAAAUGACCAGUGAUUACCAGUUGGUGACAACCAGAGGUUGUCAGGGAGUCGCCGACCAGGCACUAGGCCUGUGCAGCUGAGGCUAAAAUACAACCAAAAAUCUGCAGCCAGAUGAGUCACCCGCUGUUGGUCAUUAAAAAGAAUGUAGGCUUAUAGCAUGUCCAUCCUUUGUAUACAGUCUAUGAUGGCAGUGAGCGUUGUGGUCAAGUGUACCCACAGUUUUGACCAUUAAUUUCUUUUGUCAACAUGAACAGGAUCUUUUUUAAGCAAGUCUCUGUUGCAGAUAUAAAAAGCUGCAGACACUACUGACAAGUAGCCGUUCCUGUUAUUGUUUCGGAACAUCGUUAGUAAACUGUAGUGUAGCAUCUCAGCAGAUGAGUCUGUGCCAUCACAGCAAAUUGGUAGACAUGCAAGUGUCCACGCAGAGGCUUGCGUACACCAUCUGCUGAUGAAAUUUACAUCACUGGUUCGCUGACGUGAAAAGUGGAACACUCCCAUUGCUGUGUGUAUGCUGCUGAGAAAGCUGUACCGCGCUCCUCCUGCACAGACUCAGAGAUGUUUAUUCUGCACUGGGAAUGCCAGUGCAUUAGAGAGGAGUGUUUUAUGUUAGAAACGUAGUUGGUGAGAUGAAAUCUCAUCGUGUACCUGUUGUUCUUGUUCAGGUCUUUCUCUUGAUCAGCAGCUUGCAGAUCUACAGGACACAUUCGCUGUCCUUAUCUUGAGAGUGCCUGUUAACUAUCCGACUUGUGCAGUGUAUAAAGUGAUACAGUAAUGUCACAAGUUCAGCAUUAGUAACAUUUUUGCCAUCCUGACUUCCACAGAAGAGUGACCAGGGUGUUCCUUCACACAUGAAACCUACGUGUCGAGAUGUCGUCAGAUUAACGUAAAAGAGCGCAUGUCUGAAAAGGGCUCUACAUUUGAGAUUAUUAAUCCCACUACACAGAUUUCCUCCUCCCAUAUUUUGCACAUCCCAUCUCCCACUACCCC